UUUUGUUUUUUUGGCCAUUUAAAUUUUGUGCGGUAGAAGUUAUUUUGAAAAUUUUAUUCGGCAGAGUUUUUAGUUUAUUUUAUAUUGUUUUUGAAAGAGUUGAAAGAUCAACAUCAAAGGAAAGAAUAGAAAUUUAAAUUUUAAAAAAUAAUGAAACCUGAUCAGGAAAAGUUGAAGAAUGUCCUAAUCGAGUCUGUGGUCAUGAUGUGUCAGAAGGGUUUGAAUUUUAAAAGGGAACUUCAGUUGCGAGGUGUCAUAGGAGUUACCGUAGAUCACAAUGAUCAUUUCAUCAUUCACAUUGAUCAGACAUUGGAUGCAGAAAGCAGUUGCAUGAUUGACAGCAGCACAUCGCUAUUAAAUAUCAAACCAGAACAAGUGGACCCAAACAGACAAUUCUCUAAUUCAUCAUUGCAAACGCCGGUCAAAUUGGAAUCUACUCAAACAUUUUUUAACAAUGAGCACUGUGUUAAAAGUGAAUUUAACACCAGCAACAACAUCAGUGCUAAUAAUAAUAAUAAUAAUAAUAAUAAUAAUAAUAAUAAUAAUAAUAAUAAUAAUGUUUUAGGUAGAAAUACUUUUAAUAGCAGCUUUUUCUCCCAAGCUCAAAAUUUGUUUAAUAGUAAUAACAAUAAUAACCCCAAUAUAAACAACAUUAAUAAUACAAAUAUUAGUAGUAAUAAUCUUCAAAUGGCUUUAGUCCCUUUUGCUAAAAAUGCAUCCCAGCCACAAUAUAUGCCGCCACAGCAGCAGCUGCAACAACUACCUCAAAAUAGUUAUGCUACUGGCCUACAACAACAACAUCCACCACAACAACAUCAGCCUCAAAAUGUGAGAUUAAAAAUUAUUAAACGACAGCAGCCCAGUAAGUCGCAUCAUCAACAACAACAACAACAACAGGCUACUGGACAGCUUCUACCGAAGCAACAACAACAGCAAUUUCAGGCACAGCAGAAUGCAUUCUUUCAUCAGCAAGGAGUCCAGACUCCCAGGCAAUUUAAUAUGGGUAUUCAAAACCAGCAAAUGCACCAACAACAGCUGCAGUCACAACAAGCCACCAAUUCGAGAUUGACAUUUGUUCGUCAAGGAAUGCCGCUAGCAGCGGCAGGCAGAGGAAUGUUAGGAUUAGGCAAGGGGAGGAGCCAACUUAGAGGGGGCCAGCAAAUAAGAAUGUCACGAAUGCCGCUUAACAACGCACUAAAGAGUGAAUCUGGCAUGGGUAGGUUAAAAGUGGGUAAGAGCCCGGGAAUUCCAUUUUCCGGGCAAGUCAGUCGACCAAAAUCCGAUAAAUCUUUCAAGUUAGUGAGUCGAUAUAUUUGCGAUAUCGAUAACUGCAAUGCUUCGUUCAGUUUGAAGUCGAAUCUCAGGCGACAUCAGAAGGCGAAGCACGAAGGCGGCGGUGGUGGUGCUGGUGAUGAUGACGACGACGACGACGAUGAUGGUGUGGGUUAUUAGGAUUUACGGUUUUUCUUGUUAGGGUAUUUUCUGUGAUGAUAAUGAUGGUGACAAUGAGGAUUUUGUUGUAGUUGUUGUUGUUGAUGAUGAGGAUGAUGAUGAUGAUGAUGAUGGUGGUGGUGGUUAGUGUAAUGAUGAUAUGAUGGUUAUUAUGAAAGUGAUAAAAUCUCUAUGGUGCAGAUGCUAUUGAUUGAGAUGUAGCUCUUAUGGUUCCCUUUCGAAUCUCGUGUUUUUAUCAUUAUUAUUAUUAUUAUUAUUAUUUUGCAUAAAACACUAUUAUUAGAAUUAAAAAUAAAAAUAGUAAUAAUAAUAACAAUAAUCUUGAAUAUUUUUAUAAUUAAAUAAUAAUUUUCCCUGUUCUCUUUAACGAUGAAUCAUUCAUUCGUGAUAUCUUUUUAAUUUAAUCUCACUAUCUAAUCAUAUCUAAUCACAAUGUUAAUUAUACUAACUGAUAUUGUUAUUAUUAUUAUUGUUGUUGUUGUUGUUAUUAUUAUUGUGAGCUGAGAAAAAGACUAUAGCGUGACCAUGUAUGUAUUAUGUAUAUAUAUAUAUAUAUAUAUAUAUAUAUAUAUAUAUAUAUGUAUAUUUUUUGUAUAUUUUUUGUAUAUUUAUAUAUAUAUAUAUAUAUAUAUAUAUAUAUAUGUAUAUUUUUUGUAUGUAUUCAAAAUAUAAAUAAUAAUAAUAACGAGAAAUAAUGAGAAGAAUAAUAAUUUCAAGAAUUGAAACGAGAAAUAUUAAUAAAUUGGUGAAUA